UGGCAACGCACGGCGCGCUUUACGGCUAGACGGAACACGCCCAUCACUAACGUAAAACACAGCCGUAGGUGAAGUCCCGGGUUCAGGAAGAGGAGAUGGCCAAAGGAAAAGCAAAGAAAAACAACAGUGCUCCAUCCCAGCCUCGGUCACUAAGGUCAAGGAAGAGGGAUUGUCCAAGUGAUGAAACUUCUGAGACUGAUGCUACUCUCCACCACCAGGUAAUUAAGGACACAGAAGGAAGUAAUACAGCAGUGGAUGUCACAAUGCUACAGUGCAACCAGUCUCCUCUGCAGGAAUCUACUGUGAUUUCUACUCAGCAGCAUCAGGCAGAAGAACAGUCCUGUAUCACAAAACAAGAUCCUGCCACAGAAGAAAAACAUGCAGAAGCAACAAAUGUUAACUUAAGAAAUGUUGUUGAAGAGCAAGAAGAGACUACUGUCACCAGACCCAACAAUGAUUCUCAGCUGGAAGGCUUUAGAGUACAUACUGAUAAUGUCGACGACCAGGAGGAAAUAACUGCAGAGGAAGGUAACAGAUCACCACUUCAAACAUGCACCGACCAACUCCAGGUCCUCUUGCCAACCUCUGAAGGGGCUGAUGGAUCCUGUGCAACUGCUCUGGAGGAGCAACUGGGUGCAAAGGAAAACUCUCAGUGUAAUCUGGAAAGAAACCAAGAAACCAGCAACGUGUACAUGGCUGACGUCAAGGAAGUCACAAAGGAGGCAGCAGUGGGGUUACCGGCCAAAAAGAAGCGAAGGAUGGGCAUGUGUGGUCUGACAGAGAAGGAGCGGAGUCACUUUCUACAGACACAGAAGCGUGAAAACGGGCUGAACACACCGGAGAGAGUUGAGUUGAUUUGCAAUAACACAGCUGGUCUUGUGCCUCAGGAAGAGAUAUCUUCACCCUCCUUAUCAUCCUCACUAUCCAUCCCAGCAAGCAGUGUCACAGAGCAGGAGGAAUUGUUAAAACUUCCGUCCAGUCACUGUGGAGGAAAUGACAGGGCAGAAACUGAAGACCACAUGGCUGUCACUACCUCAGCUGGGACCAGUACUGAGUGUGAUCCAGGCUGCUCAAAAGUAAAGAGUUGUGAGGCUGAAGGAGGCACAGUGCCUGGUGACACAGAGUCAGAUCCACCUGCAGAGACGGAGCUUUUAGGGAAUGAGGAGCAACAGGAACUCCAGCAGGGAGGUGCAGCUGAGACUGUAGCUGAAAAACCUCAAGAACAAACGAAAGAAGGGGAAUAUGGGUCAGCAGUAGUUGUCCAAAGUCCUGCCAUCAGUUUAUACUCUAAUCCAACUCAAAGUGAGGGGACUGAGAACCAGGAUGAAAUUGAGGCUGCCCCUCUGCAUGUGAAUAAUGUGACCAGGACCAGAGAUGAGAAGAAGGAAGAGUUGGCCGAUGAUGCUGGAGACGGCAACAGAGCUGAAGCAGCUGCUUCAUUCACAGACACCCAGUCAGGAUUAUUGAACUGUGGCUCUGGUGAGCUCUGCAAGGCUGCAGUGACACCUAGUGGCUCAGACAGGAAAGACAGUAAAUGGUGUGAUCCUGAUGAUGAACCUGGUCUUUCUACUCUGAACACUGAGCACCCUCAGACCAUGGACGCCCCUGACCCGUUUGGAUCCGGGUACCUGGAUUACGUGUCGGACUCGCAGCUGAACACCAUCUCUCUGGCUGAAGAGGAGGUGAUGGAGGGUGAGGAAGAUCUUGGCUACCCAGACUGUCCUGAUGCUACAGACCUGAUCUGUGGGCUCAUCAGAGAACUCUCCUCUGUAAAUCAGAAGGUCAUGGCCACUCACAGAGAGCUGGAGAACCUGCGCCGCAGCGGCAAAGGUUCAAAGAGCUCCACGCGUUGAGGAUUUGUUUCAGGUCCCUGCCACCCUGAUCCUACUGUUGGUUUGUGGGUAAUGAAGGCAUUUCAAGUUUAAAUACCAAACGAUAGAUUUAUCUUCACUCUUGUGUCAAUUGCAGUGUUCAGCUUAAUGGUUUAGUUGUUCUUUAGUUGUUCUGGUUCUCCCCAAAUAAAGCUGGUGUUCAUCAAA